CCACUGGCUCCCAGGAAACCCAACAAACCAACACCCAAACGAUUCCGCCAUCUGGAUUUUUAGUGCCCCAGCAAGCUGGCAAACUGACCACGACGCCUCGACGACGCCAUCGCACUCGUAGCAAAGAUGCCAGGCUUUGCAGAUUCGUUCUGGUCGACAGACUACGCCGCAGGACUCGGGGUCUUGUUUGGCAAACUACAGCAAGGCGUCAUUGAGAAUCGCCAGGUCCUCACAAUCGCCCGCAUGCGCGCCGAGGCCGAGGAGAUCUACGGUCAGCGCCUGUCCGAAAUCGCCCCUGCAGUCGACAAGAUCCAAGGCGGGUUCGGCCGCGACGAUGGCGCAAGCGUGCGCAAGGCGUACGAAGGCGUGCGAUCCGAGAUGGAGGAUGCCGCCAGGAACCACAAGAAGAUUGCGCAAAACAUCCGCGAUCUCGUAGUGAACCCCUUCUCGCGCUGGUGCGACGCCCACGAAGCCCGGAUCCAAGACUCGCAGGAGGAGCUGCAGGCGCGAAUCAAGGCGCACGAUAAGCAGGCUGAGGCCGUGAAGAAGCUCAGGAGCAACUACUUCAGCAAGUGCCGUCUCGUUGAGGACCUAGAGGAGGAGAACAAGCUCGCCUUCCAAGAUCCCGAGACCAGCCCCAAACAGAAGCAGAAUGUUCCUCAGAUCAAGGUGGAGCAGGAGCCCGUCCAAGAAGACGAGCCUCUCGAGAUUGGCGAUCAGAUGUACACCCCGGAACAGAUCAAGAAAUUGCUCGCGCACAUGUUGACCACCGUCAAGAUGGGCGAGACGAAGGUCCCGAUCCUCGGCACCUACCAAAACACUUCUGCCGGCACAGACAUUGUGGAUUACAUUCAGCAGCACAUGGGGAGCACGAGUGUGAGCUAUGCUGAGAGGAUCGGCCAGGACCUGGUUACGCAUGGCUUCCUGCGCCUGGUCGGUAACGUCGGGAAUACCUUUGCCAACAGCUCCAAGCUCUUCUACCAAUGGCGGCCUAGGGCAUUCGAAGUGGCCGGCCUGCCGGAGAAGAAGACGCUUGGAAGGACCUUUUCAAUCCCCGUGUCUGGGUCGGACGCCGCCGACUCUCCCGUGGUUGGCACCGUGACCGAAUACCUGGCCAAGUGGGACGUCCUGAAUACUUCGCGCCCGAACGAGACGCCUGCGGAGCGCAUGCGCCGAGAAGCGAGAGAGGCGGAUGAGAGGUACAAGGCCGGAGUGCAGAAGCUCGACGAGAUGCGCUGCGAGCUGGAGGAGGCUAUCUUCCUACAUCUCAAGUUUCUCGAGCGCUGCGAGCUUGACCGCCUCAAGGCGAUCAAGACGGUCAUCCUGGACUUCUCGGGGACGAUUAGCAACGUGAUCCCGAGCCUGCAAGCCACCGUCGACAACAUGAUGCUCUAUCAGGAGACGGUGCAGCCGCUCGGCGACCUGCGCUAUCUGCUGGAGAACUACCGGACUGGCAGCUUCGUUCCAAAAGUUGUCGUCUACGAGAACUAUUACAACAAGGUGGACGAUCAAACCUUCGGCGUGGACCUCGAGGCCCGAGCUCGGGCGGACCGGAAGCGGGUGCCUAUCAUCAUCACCACGUUGCUCACCUACCUCGAUCACCACUAUCCGGAUCUCGAAGGCGACGAGGCACGGAGGGGGGUAUGGCUGCACGAGGUUCCGCUUUCCCAGACGCACAAGCUGCGAGCCCUGGUCAACAAUGGGAAACCGCCCGCCCUAGAAACGUUUGCCCAAUUCGAUAUACCGACCGUCGCAAGUCUCCUGAAGCUUUAUCUGCUUGAACUUCCCGAUUCCCUCGUCUCCUCGCACGUUUACGAGAUCAUCAGGACCAUCUACACCACUCCCCCCGGCGACGGCGGCGACGCCGCCCGCAUCCCGGUCCUGCAGCAGACACUCUCCCAGCUACGGCUGACGAACAUCGCGUCGCUGGAUGCGUGCAUGAACCAUUUCACUCGCCUGAUUGACCUCACGUCCGCCGAUGAGGAGUAUGUGUCGAAGCUGGCGACCAUGUUGGCCCCCUGCAUUCUGCGGCCGCGCACCGAGACCUCUCUUACAAUGGAAGAAAAGCAUGCCUACCGGCUGGUUCGUGACCUGUUCGCGCACAAGGACGCCAUCUUCAACGAACUCAAGCGCCUGUCAACCAUGACUUCCUCCGGCUCCAUUAAGGGUCAGAGCCGGCCGCGGGCGAUCUCCACCGACGAGAGUAACCGGAAGGCCCACAUGGAGGAGCGCAACCGGGCAAUCCUGGAGAAGGCCAGUGGCAGUCGGAGCAGGGCGACCUCGCCCGCGCCGAGUUCCCGGGCGACCCACCGCCGCGACAGGAGUGUCGGAGGGCCCGAAACACGGUUCCCCAUCUCGACCAACAUCUCCAGCCCCACCAGCGAGCACAGGAAGCGGACGAGUCUCGGGCCGGUGCUCCCUAAGAGAACGAGCCUCGAGGUCCCCGCCGAGACCGACGGUGCCACGGGCCUGAGCCACCCCGCCGACGGCAACUUCAUCAUGAACGGAAUCGCAUCGGUGACGGGCGCCGUCCCCGCGGCGGAGCCGCAGGAAGGCAUGGUGGAGAAGCGCAACAGCCUGAGCCGUAGCGGGGCGCGCUUCUCGGCCGGCCGCCGUGUGACGCCCGCCUCUACCGCUGCGGCGGCCGCGACGGGCACGACGGGCACGCCGCCGCCGUCGCGCCACCAGCACACCGGCAGUGGCCAGCUGGAGGCGCAGCAGCAGAGUCCCAAGCCCGCGCAGCACGGCGUCACGCUUGUUGAUGCCCCGAUGGACUACUAGUGACGGUCCUUGUUGGGGGGGAUGGCUGAAGUUGGGGGUGUGACGCUGAUACGAUGCG